AAAAAGUGGACAGACAGAGUUCGCUCGCUCGGAGCUGACUGCAUCGGAUGCCAUUUAAAAAAGCUUGGAUCCUUCCUUUUCCCCGACAUCAAUGGCGGAAAAAGUGGUUCCACUCUCCAUAGUUCACACGUCUCCGUAAACCCUAACCCUAGCUCUAGUUCUGAUCCGCUCUAACAGCUCUUUUUUACUUCUAAAUCGGCAUGGCUGCCACACCGGCGCGAGAACAGACAACGACGCCACCGCCGCCGGUCAUUGGCAAGGCUGGGCGCUACACCGUCUUCUUAACACCGCCGGCGACUCCUCGCCCGCCCUCUGAGAAACCCCUUUCGCAAAGCCCCCUGACCCCGAGCCCAAGGCCUAGUCCUGUAAAUGCGGCUCCCCCGGCCGGUAAAUCCUCAGCGCCGGAAGCGCCGCCGGUUCAGGUGCCGCCACCGCAGUUCGAGAAGUCGGCAGCGAAGGGAACAAGCUCUGUGUUCGGGUUCCUUUGGGAUGCGGUGGCGAAGGUCCAAAAUGCUCACUCGAGCUUGGACGAGUAUUUGGCGGAUUGGUUGGGCCUGAACCAGUCGAAGUACCAGUGGGCGCUGAAUGAUUACUAUGAGAACACCGGAUCGAGUAAGGAGUCUGGCAAACCGAAGGAACAAGUCAGCAAAGAUCAAACAGUGUGAUUUGGUGAAUGAUUUUGCAGAUCAUGAUUGCCAAAAGUGUAUUUUGUAUGAUUUUUGUAUUGGCAAACAAGAGCUGUUCUGUAAGAGCAAAGCCAUCGAAGUUGGUUAGUACGACUAAUACGAUUCAGAGCUCAAUUCAGUGUGACAGUGCUUUUGUCAGAGCUCUCUUCUGUCUGUAUUUUUAUUACAUGUAUGAUGUACUUCUCUGUCCUUAACGAAUCAGUGAAUUCUGUUAAGAGUUACAGCAAGAGGUUAUAUGUAAGUAAGAACGCUGCAUCUCAUUUGUGCCAUCUUCUGAUGUCUGCCUUAUUCUGAAGCAAUGAAACUUGUUUUAUUCAAA